AUGCACUCCUCAAAAAAGAGAAGUAGGAUUCAAACAGAUGAGCCAUUUGACGUCUCUUUUCCGAUUUGCAAAAAUGGCAACGUGGACACAGGAACCAUUGAUCUUGCAAAAUCACCCUCCACCUUCCGCGCCACCACCAAAUCUCUCCCUCCAAACCCAUCCCUCUCAGCCCUUUACUCCCCUUCCACCACUGCAAAAAUUUGGGGCAUCGCUCAACGAGCGUUAAACAAAUCAAGCCCCCCAACUCUCUACCCCGAAUAUACGAAACCUGGCUCCAACGAAUACAUUUAUCGAGACCUCGAGUUCUGGACCUCUGGUUUCUUUCCUGGGAGUUUGUAUUUGCUGUUAGAGAGGGAGAGGAAAUAUCCACUAGCAAUGGAGUCGAUGGGGCUGCAUAUUUUGCAGCAGAGAUUUGCUUGCAACUGGUGGACGACAAACCUACAUCAGAACGCCCGUCUAAGAGGCACGCACGACCUCGGCUUCAUGAUCUCGCCCUGGGCACGCAAAGCCUGGGAACUGGAAGGGGACCAACGAGCACACCAAACCUUGAUCACAGCCGCACAGACGCUGGCUACUCGGUAUAAUGCCACGACGAGAUGUCUGCGCUCGUGGGAUACGUGUAUCACGAAGCGGUAUGAGUUUAGUGAUCCUAAGUCGGACUUUUUGGUGAUUAUUGACAACAUGCUAAACCUUGACCUCCUCUUCUGGGCGGCAGCAGAGCUCCGCAGUCCCCAGCUGAGAGACAUAGCAACCGCGCACGCCCACACAACCCGCCUCCACCACAUCCGACCCGACUCCUCCACCAUCCACGUCGUGAACUUUGACCAGCACACCGGAGCAGUCAAAGCCAAGUUGACGAACCAAGGGUACUCGGACGCCUCGUGCUGGUCGCGCGGCCAAGCAUGGGCUAUCACCGGCUUUGCGCAGACGUACCUCUGGACCCGGGACCCGAUAUUUCUCACCACAGCUCGGAAUUGCGCAGACUACUUCCUUGCUCACCUGCCGGAGAGUGGCAUCCCACCCUGGGAUUUCACCUGCCCAAGGGAUGAGAGGACCCCGACUGAUACGAGCGCAGCGGUCAUAGCGUGCCACGGAAUGCUGCUCCUGCACGAAGCGGUGAUGGCACGCAGCGAGCCAAGUAUUUACCUAGAUGGCGCCCUACGCAUCUUGACAGCUGUCUGUGAGCGGUGCUUAAGCCCUAAGGCCUCAUUCCACACUUCGCAGGUCACAAUCCCGUCUGCGGAACUCGGAGAGUCAGCAGAGGCGGGCGAGCUGGAGGUCGAUAUGGGAGAUGGUCUGGAAACGGUGCUGGCCGGUGCAACGAUCAAUAACUAUGAGUUUGCGCCGAGACGGUGGGCGAUGCAUGGGUUGGUGUAUGCCGAUUAUUACUUUCUGCUUUGCGGGAAUAAGUUGUUAGAUAUGGGCAUCGGUGGGGAGAUUCUGGGAAAUGGAAAUUUUUGA